CAUUUUUAGGCUUCAGCGAACUGUCUUUAAAAAGCAUUUACCGAAUUGUAACGACCGUUUAAACGCGGUAAAUUUAGUUUAGCCUGUUUAUUUUUUGUAACGAAACCCCGAAAUUCUUCCUUAACGAUUCUUUAAUUACUGGUUUGUCUCGUUUGUUGACUUGGUUCACCUUACCGAGCGAUUCACAAACGAAUUGGUUCAAAAGAAUCACACAAAAAAGAACCGAGGCUCCUGCGCGAAUCGGACAUCGCUGUUACGGUGAGUGUAGCAGUUUUAAGAGACUGCCGUGGAUCUGCCGCUGAUAUGGAGACUCUGACCGUCCGCAGACACCGACCGUGCAACUUUACCGAGGCGUCCACGGCUGCCCCGCUGUCACGUUAACAACUCGGAAACAUGUCCAAAAGCCUGAAGAGGAAAAGUCACUGGACUAACAGAGUCCACGAGGUUGUGUUAUCCAGGGGUCCGAGCGGCGAUCUUGGGUUCGAGCUGCAGGGAGGCGCGGAGAACGGACGGUUCCCCGUCCUAGGAGAGGUGAAACCGGACAGGGGCAAACUGCACCGGGACGAGCUACUUCUGGAGGUCAACGAUACUCCGGUGGCCGGGCUGACCAUCAGGGAUGUGUGGGCUGUGGUCAGACACUGCAAAGACCCUGUCCGACUUAAGUGUGUCAAACAAGGUUCACAUACGAGAGGAAAAAAGGGAGGUGUUGUGGAUAAAGAUCUCAGGCAAUAUCUCAACCUGCGUUUCCAGAAGGGCUCUUUGGACCAUGAGCUGCAACAAAUAAUUCGGGACAACCUCUAUCUUCGCACAGUACCCUGUACAACCAGGCAGCCUAAAGAAGGAGAGGUUCCAGGAGUUGACUACAAUUUUGUGACCGUUGAGCGGUUUGUGGAAUUGGAGAGAAGUGGAGCUUUGCUGGAAAGCGGAACUUAUGAAGAUAACUAUUACGGCACCCCGAAGCCCCCGGCAGAGCCCAGCCCGCUGCUCUUGAAUGUAGCUGAGCAGCUGUUGCCAGGCGCUACACCCAGAUCCCAGGGCAAACGCAGACGUAACAAGUCCGUCAGCAACAUGGAAAAGGCUGGCAUCGAGCCACCCGAGGAGGAAGAGGAGGAGAGGCCCGUCAUCAACGGCAACGGAGUGGCCAUCACCCCAGAGUCCAGUGAACAUGAAGAUAAGAGUACGGACGCCUCAGGAGAGAUGCCUAACACAUGCCCCUCCGAAACCUCCACAGACGCCCCUAAAGAAGAGACAGAACCACCAAAAUCGCCUCCAAAACUGGACGAGAACGACGAGUUGGGUCCUCUGCCAGAUAAUUGGGAGAUGGCUUACACUGAGAAAGGAGAAGUGUACUUCAUAGACCACAAUACGAAGACGACGUCCUGGUUGGACCCCCGGCUUGCGAAGAAAGCAAAGCCCCCCGAAGAAUGCAAAGAGAACGAGCUUCCUUAUGGCUGGGAGAAAAUCGAUGACCCUGUUUAUGGAACCUACUAUGUUGAUCACAUAAACCGAAGGACUCAGUUUGAGAAUCCAGUUCUAGAGGCCAAGAGAAGAUUGCAACAGCAGCAGCAGAUGCAGAGUCAGGGCUUGUCCUCUCUCCCCCUUCCUGCAGUCUACAGAGUGGAGGAGAGCCCCUCCUCUGCCACCUUACCCAGGGCCAGACUGGCAUACGUGGGUCCCGCUCCCGAGCGCUCUCAUAGUCUCACUGACCUGUCCGAGGCCCCCCUGUACCGGGCCGGUGUGUUUGGACUGCAUGAGAAGCCUCUGUUCACGCGGGACCCCACGCAGCUGAAGGGCAGCUUUCUGUCUACAGCCCUGCAGAAAAGCAACAUGGGAUUUGGCUUCACUAUCAUCGGGGGUGACGAACCAGAUGAGUUCCUACAGGUCAAAAGUGUCAUACCGGAUGGACCUGCUGCACAGGAUGGGAAAAUGGCUACAGGAGACGUGAUUGUCUACAUUAACGACGUCUGCGUCCUGGGCACUACCCAUGCUGACGUGGUGAAGCUUUUCCAGUCGGUGCCAAUCGGACAAAGCGUAACUCUCGUCCUUUGCAGGGGUUACCCUCUUCCGUACGACCCGGAGGACGCAGCCAACACUUUGCUGUCCCCUCUCGGCCUAAUUGAUCGCCCUCUGCUGGUCAACGGACGGAAUAGCUACGACAGCUACAUGGAGUACAUCUCCCGCACCGCUCGCCUCGUCGACCCAAUGCAAGCGGCGUUGGCGCAGCCUCACCCUGGAGACACCCACCUAGAUGCGGGACCGCUGGAGGACAGCGUCUCAAUGGCAUCUUCAGGAGCGGCUGGAGGAGAGCUGUUAACGGUUACCAUGGUGAAAGGGGCGGAUGGGUUUGGAUUCACCAUAGCAGACUGUAAUGGAGGACAGCGGGUGAAGCAGAUUCUGGAGGCGCAGGGAUGCCCGGGGCUGUGCGAGGGCGAUUUGAUUGUGGAAAUUAACCAGCAAUCGGCGCUCACGCUGUCACACACACAGGUGGUGGAGCUGCUUAAAGAGUGUCCUGUUGGGGCGGAGGCUACGCUGGUUGUGCAGAGAGGAGGAGCAGGUCACUUUUCGCCUUGGAAGACCUCUAAACAGGUUUUGGAACAAAUCUGGGAUCCUCACAGCAGUCCCACAGCCAGUCUUUCUAUCCAUGCCCUCCCUCACAGCGCUCCGUAUCUGCACUGGCCCUCAGGUCCAGAGUUUGACCUGAGCAAACCUGACCCCUAUGACCUCUAUGAGAAGUCCAGAGCUAUCUAUGAGAAUAGGCAGCCAGGGCUUCCUCGAGCAGCUCUCCCAGCUGACCCUUCCGCAUCAGAGUUCCAGGAGGUGGAGGUCCACUUGCGCAGACAGAAGUCCGGUUUCGGCUUCAGGAUCCUGGGCGGAGAGGAACCAGGACAGCCUGUGAGUCCGGAGGCUCAGGAGAAGAUCCUGAUUGGUGCAAUCAUCGAGAAGAGCCCAGCAGAUAAAGACGGGCGUCUCCGGCCAGGAGACGAGCUGAUGUCAGUCGAUGGGAUCCCUGUGGCUGGAAAACCCCACCGUUACGUCAUUGACCUCAUGCACGGAGCGGCCCGGACUGGACAAGUUAAACUCACUGUACGACGGAGAAUUCAGCCCACAGGUGAACCCUGUCCAGAGAACGGCCGCAGUCCUGGCUCGACCCAGCACAGUUCCCCCAGGAGCGACUUCAACUCCAGAAUGUUCUGCAACAACUCCGCCCCCUCUCAAAACUCCGCCCCAUCUACCACAGGCUCCUCCCCGCCAGACAAUGUAGCCAAUCAGAAUCUGCAGCCUAGUGAUGUCACCAUCCAGCGCAAGGAGAGCGAAGGUUUCGGCUUCGUUAUCAUCAGUUCUCUGAACAGGCCUGAAACGGCGGCCGCUGCUGCCGUGCCUCAUAAGAUUGGCCGGAUCAUUGAGGGAAGUCCAGCAGACCACUGUGGGAAGCUCAAGGUUGGAGAUCGCAUAUUGGCCGUCAACAAUCAGUCUAUCGUCAACAUGCCACAUGCCGACAUCGUCAAACUGAUCAAGGACGCGGGACUCAGCGUCACACUCAGGAUCAUCCCUCAGGAGGAGACGAACAGCACGCCUUCUGCAGGCAGCUCAGAGAAGCAGAGCCCUAUGGCCCAGCCCAGUCCAGUUUGCCAACCUAGCACUGUGAACCAGACCGGUGCUGCACCUCCAACCAACUCCACCCCUCAACCCAACUCUGCACCUCAAUACAGCUCCAUAACUUCAGAAGCACAACCGAGCCCUGUCACUCACACCAGCCCAGCCAAUCAGCCCAGCUCAGUGACCCAACAGAACCCGCCCACCCAGCCCUCCGCAGUGCCAGUACAGAUCUACAGCCAUGACAGCAGCUACAGGUCAGAGGUAAAAGCAAGACAGGAUGUAAAACCCGAUAUCCGGCAGCCAUUCACUGAUUACCGCCAGCCCCCAGUGGACUACCGCCACCCUCCCGUAGCAGAUUACCGACAGCCGCCAACGCUCGAUUACAGACACCCCCCACUGCUGGACUACAGGCAGCUGUCCACUGACCCUCGCACCUUCCCCCUACCGGACUACAGGAUGCCACAGGAUUUUGAUUUCUUCACGGUCGAGCUGGAAAAGGGUAUGAAAGGUUUUGGCUUUAGUAUCCGCGGAGGCCGCGAGUAUAAGAUGGAUCUGUUCGUUCUGCGAUUGGCUGAAGACGGACCAGCAAUACGCAAUGGAAGAAUGAGGGUUGGUGAUCAGAUCAUUGAAAUAAAUGGGGAGAGCACGAGGGAUAUGACCCACGCUCGGGCCAUUGAGCUCAUCAAAUCGGGUGGCCGCAGAGUUCGCCUGCUGCUUAAGAGAGGCACAGGGCAGGUCCCUGAAUAUGCAGAUAGUCCCGCCCCCUGGGAUGCUCACACUACAGCCUCCCCAAGUCUGUCGGAAGUAGCACCACCAAUCGACAGCUUAUCUAAUCCAUUAGCUUCUUCUCAUGUGUACCCACCCACCGACCCACCUCAUAUAUCGUCCUUGGAAGCUGCAGGUCCAGACUGUUCCCAGGGUCCUAGAGGCCCAGAGACCAGAGCUCUGGAGCAGGCCAGUGUGGGGAAGAGGUCAGCCCUGGCAGGUGGAGUUGGGGGUGGGACCAAGCAGAGGGAGGGUAGCAGGACCAACCGUCGCUCCAGUGGAGGGAAGAGUCAGCAACAAUACCUUGAUGAACUUGCGGGAGAGCCCAAAUCCCACAAAGGCAGCCGGGCAAAGACCAAGGAGCACAGGAGGGAGCGGAGCAACACACCGUCUCGAAAGCGAGAUUCACCUAAAACUUCUCCAAAUGACACCAAUAUGAAUGGGGGAAAUGGAUGCCUGGAUGGUAGCAACAACCACCAAGGAGCUCUGGUGCCAUUCAAAGCCCUACCAAAGGAACCAGAGAAAGGGCAACUGAGCCAAGAGAGUCGUCCCAGCCACAACUCCAAGACCAGCAGCAUUGCAUCAGGAAGAAAGGCCACAGUAUCCCCAGGGCCCUGGAAGAUCCCUGGUUCGGACAAGCUACCCAGUACCCUGCGCUCAGCCACCUCCACCAUCAGCAGAUAACAUCUCAUCACAAUCUCAGUCUCAAGUUUAGACCUUACUUUUGGCCAAAUUUUGGACCAAUCAUUGGCUACGAUCCGCCUUGUUUUUUCGACUGGUUGGGCUCUUUUUGAUUGCUUUUCACAGGCUUGCUCUACUUGAAAGAGAUCGGUUUUAACCUUGACUAGGUACCACCUUGCCACAAUCCUCACUAAAGAACUGCUUGCUCUACUUGAAAGAGAUUGGUUUUAAUCUUGACUAGGUACCACCUUCCCACAGUCCUCACUAAAGAACUUUCCAUGCAUUUCUAGACAGAGCAUUUUUAUUUAUAUUUUAUUCUAAGUUAUUUUAACAGAUACGACACCCACCACCUUAAGAACUGGAAGCAUUCACUCCAAAAAUGGAACCACGGUAGAAUGAGUGAUGCAUGUAGCGUGCAAAAAGAUUCCCAGACUUGUUUGAACUGUUGGGAAAAAGCACUCAAGACUCAGAGAUGUACAUGCAUAGAGAACCACUUACUGAGUCUGAACCACCUCUGGUGGCUACAGCAAUUUUUAUACACUUUCAUUAAAAAAUGAAGAAUACUGAAGGAGUUGCCUGACAUACAGUUUUUGUGUAUUUGAAGAAUGAAUAUGAUUGAAAAGAUCCUAUAUGAGCGGACAUUCAACUAUGAACUCUGCCUUAAAGACUGACCUGCAGAUGUCUGUAUAAGGGUCGGAAAAAUCAAUAUAGAAAUAGAUAUAUUAUAUGACUACAUAUAUGUGAGACAUAUUGUAAAUAUGGUCUUUACACACCAUUGUGAGCCCAUACUGAAGUACUGAUAUCAUACACAGUGUAAGUUAGAAGAGUGUAAUCUAGAAUUCAUUCCUACUCCACUUUAAGGUGCGUUUCCACUGACAGCGAUAUAAACUUGAGUGGUUGCUAAUAGUGUUCCUACUGAACUUCAAUACAGUUCAGGAAACAGAUCACAUGACCUUCACUGUCUGCGCUGACAUCGGUAGUUGCAGCCUCAAGUUGUAUCUCUCAAAAUCCCAAACUCUCAUUAAUGAUUUAUGACUACCAGUUGCUGCAAAUCGCUGUCAGUGUGAGUACCCAGUUUCUGAGGGAGCCAGUAGGCUUUGACCUUCUCUUGACUCUCAAUCUAUUCUACCUUUACGUGAGUACAUGAACAAAGCAAUCUAAGUUCAAGAUGGUUUGGAGAAAAUGGUUUGAUUAGGGCAGAGUGCCUUAUGCCAGGGGUGUCCAAUCUUGCUCCUGGAGGGCCACAGUCCUGUAGAGCUUAGCUCCAGUACUAAUUAUACCUGAACCAGCUAAUCAAGGUCUUCGGGAUUACUAGAGACAUCCAGGCAAGUUUGUUGUGGCAGGUUGGAUAUGAACUCUGCAGGACAUUGGUCCUCCAAGAGCAGGAGUGGACACCCCUGCCUUAUGCUGAACACGUGAUGCUUUAUUUGAGCUCUAAAUCCUAGGCAAUGACAUCAAGAAAAGACAACAUAGGCUGCUAUAAAUUCAUUGGACUACUUGUUCCGUAGAAACUGUGCAAAAGUAAUGCCAGAUCUGAAUGAGUAUGCCGUAACCAUCCCUGUCUCUGAAUGCUGAUUGGUGUCUAGAGAGACCAUUUUAUGUCUACAGUAUAGAUCUAUCAAUAUUAAAAUUCAAAGCUAUUUUCGUACAUAGAAAUAGAGGUGAGAGUCUUCUAAAAGAAGUGCAGAUAUUUAUUAAUGAUAUCUUUGAAAGGAGUUCAAAUGUUUGUUGAGCACUUUGUCUUUAAGUGGACAUGUAUACAUAUAAAAUGCAGUACUGGAAAGAGAAUAUGCUGUGCAUCCGUUAUAUUCACUGCAUAAAUUAAUUCUCAAAAUCCUGCUAUGAAACUGUUUAUUAGCCUAUUCCCCAUAUAAAAGGUUGUGUGUUGGUAAGCCUCUAACUUCAACAAUCAACACAAGCAUAGGAUGCUUGCUAAUAGCAAAUUAUGAAAGUUCAUGAAAGAGGUAAUGUAUGCUAUUGUGCCAUGCAUUGUUUUUUUCUCAGAAUGUCAUUAUCCAUCUUGUGCUGCAUUUAGAAGUGUCUACAUAGACACAGUCUAUCAGCCUCUGCUAGCAGGUAUGCUAAGAUGUUAGCUUGCUAAUCGAAAGGCUAACUGAAAACACAAAGAGCCAAUUAAAAAGUCACAGCUUAUGUAAUUUCUUUUUGCAUUUAUUUGGUUAUGCUUUGAAAAGACAUUGUCCAGAGUAAAUGAGGACAAGUUGAAAUCGUUUGAACUUUAAGUGUCACGUCUUUGUGCCACACCCCUUACGAAAAUGUACAGUUUUGCUACACUAACCAUACCUGAUAUUUGUAGUAAAACGCUGGUUAUACAAAUGGUAAUAAGUACACCAAAAAACAUUUUAUUACCAACUUUUACUACAAUAAAACCAUGGCUAAUUAUUAUCAAAAGAAAAAAGAGGUGGCUAAAAGUCCAUUCACACCAAGGUUGAUGAUGAUAUCUCUAAAGUUGUAAUAAUUAUUCUAAUUAUAUGAGAGUAAAGUAAUGAUAUAAAGGUGACGCAGGGGAUCCAUGUGAUGAAAAAUAAAAUCACAGACAGCCAGAAUGAGAAUCCACGCUUUAAAAAUUGAAUUAGCUUAGCUUGAUUCUUUGCAGCAUUGAAUUGAAUGGAUUGGGGAACACUGAUGCGAUUAAUGUUACCGACUGGAAUGGUGAGCUGUAAUAGAAAAAAACUUCAGUUUUUUGGGUUUUUUUUUGUUCGUUCAUCUUUCGUAAUUCACUUCAGUUGUCAUUAAUAAAUGCGCCAUUUCACUAGAAGGAGAAAUAUGUCGUUUCUGCGCAACUAGUAGCAUCCGGCUGUAUUUCUGGGCCGACAAAACAACAUGGUCUCAACCAACCGCGUCAUUUUUAGGGGGCGUGUCUUAAUUGUUCAUGAUUUUAUACAGAUUUUAUAAACGAUAGUGGCACGGAAAUUACACACUUCAGUUUUUAAAAGAAGAAAAAAACAACAACAACAAACAUGUCAAGACCCCGGUGGUGCUUCAUUGUGUAUUAAUCCUGCAAUACUGUCAAAAAUGUUGUACAAUCUUUUAUCUUUUUUUUUUUUUUUUUUUUUUAAUUGAUAUAUACGUGUCAAUUCGAUGUGAAAAGGACCCCAGGCAAGACCUCGUUCUAUCCAUUGUCAUAAUAUUGUCUCUAUUGUAUUCAUCUCCCACAGAAAUAAAGCACUGACGGAUUCCACUGACGCUCUUUGACAGCUGCUGUAGAUGACAAGGAGAGCCGACAAUGAUCUAGUCAUUACAAGAUAGUGCUAACGUUUCCCUGAUAGAGACAAAUUAAUUGAAGCGAUCCAAAAAUGAGUGUGCCUCUGUGGCUGUUGCAUUCUGAGCGGUACAUCCUUCGAAAUCCCCCGACAGACGAUGCCGUUGUCGAAGCAAACGCGUUUUCCGUAGAGCACCAGCAAAGACUGCGUGCAUAUGAAUGAGGUGGAUCCGUAUAAACGCUAUGAUAUCUCGGAUUAAGUACAAAAUACAUUUUUGCGAAUAAGGAACAAGGCAUCUUGAGCUGGCUCGUGAAAAGGCCACCGAUGCUAAAGUUACGCCAAUAACGCGUCGAGAAUGCAUUUGUGAAUAUCAUUCUGCAGCGCAGCGACAAGAAAAAGGUGAUCAACUUGAGCGGCGUUCGUACAAUUGUUCAGGCCGCGUUUCUGGCCUUGGGGUUUCUUUUUCUUUGUCGUUUCGCUUCGCGCCGCUUCCCACCAGUUUCGUCUCGAGCUUGUCAGAUGCUAAAGGGGUGUUGGCUGUACGGUUCGACCUGAUAAACAACGAGAAUUCAAAUGGGAUGCUUUUUCGGUAAAGCCGUGGACGCCCGAAAGGGGCUCUGUAUCACUGUGUAGAACUGAAAGAACGGCGUGGUUCAUCCUGUACAGCUGAAAACUAUAAAUAUGACACUAUGUACUAUGACCUAGUCACAAAAACUGUAAGUGAGCUAUUUUUAUGAAAUGCAACUCAAUGGAUAUAUACUUACUUUUGCAGAGCUCUUGUUUACUGUAUGAUAUUUACUGAAAUACUGUCAAAUAAAACCUUGACAUGGUGUAAAGUAUUGAAAGUAAAA